UAUAGCUCCCCAUUUAGCAUGGAUAUUAAUUACAACAUCUACAUCGUAUUUUCUCAUUUAUUUGUUGAAAUGCAUAGUGCAUAGGGUAGGGUCCCCCAUUCCUUCCUUCCUUCCAUUUUCACUAUUUUCUUUCGCCCUCUCUUACCAUUUACCAACGAAAAGAGGUUAACAGCUCCGCCACCCGAAUAUCUCCUCAUCGAAAAAUCUCAGGGAGAUUGAGAGGAUUAGAUCGCUCUGAGAUCUUUUCGAUCUGUUUAUUCAUAUCUAUGCGAUCUCUACUUUCCAAUUGCUGCUGAGUUGCAAGUAUUCUGGAAUAUUAUGGCAAGGAGUAGAUCGUCCGCCAGCAGGUGGAGAUACGUAAAUCCAGCCUAUUAUCUCAAGAGACCCAAGCGUUUAGCUCUCCUCUUAAUACUAUUUGUUUGCGCCACCUUAGUUGUUUGGGAUCGCCAGACUCUAGUCCGCGAACACGAGGAAGAGGUAUCUAAAUUGAAUGAUGAGGUUACUCGGUUGCAAAGUAUGCUUGAAGAAAUAAAGGCUGCCAAAAGUGGUGCAGGAAAGGUAAAUGUUAUUGGCAAAGUCAGUGAUGCAAGUAGGAAUUCAGAUGUUCUCGAUGACCCAAUUGACAUUCAACGAAGAGAGAAAGUUAAAGAUGCUAUGAUUCAUGCAUGGAGUUCAUAUGAAAAAUAUGCUUGGGGCCAUGAUGAACUCCAGCCCCAAUCAAAAAAUGGUGUUGAUAGCUUUGGUGGUCUUGGAGCAACUUUAAUCGAUGCUCUUGACACACUAUACAUAAUGGGAUUGGACGAGCAAUUCCAAAGGGCUAGAGAGUGGGUUGCAGAGUCCUUGGACUUUAACAAGAACUAUGAUGCAAGCGUUUUCGAGACAACCAUAAGAGUUGUUGGUGGACUUCUCAGUGCAUAUGAUCUCUCUGGAGAUAAAGUUUUCCUGGAAAAAGCUAAAGAUAUUGCCGACAGACUGCUGCCUGCCUGGGAUACUCCUUCUGGCAUCCCAUAUAAUAUUAUUAACUUGGCACAUGGGAAUCCACAUAACCCUGGGUGGACAGGGGGUGACAGCAUCCUGGCAGAUUCUGGCACUGAACAGCUGGAAUUUAUCGCCCUUUCCCAAAGGACUGGAGACCCCAAGUAUCAGCAUAAGGUGGAAAACGUCAUUUUAGAGCUUAAUAAAACAUUUCCUUCUGAUGGUCUGCUGCCCAUCUAUAUUAAUCCCCACAGAGGGACAAGAUCAUAUUCGACGAUAACUUUUGGAGCUAUGGGCGACAGCUUUUAUGAGUACUUGCUUAAGGUCUGGAUACAAGGAAACAAAACCACUGCAGUCAAGCAUUAUAGGGAAAUGUGGGAGACAUCAAUGAAAGGCCUUCUAAGCUUGGUGCGGAGAACUACCCCGUCUUCUUUUGCCUAUCUCUGUGAGAAGAUUGGAAAUUCUUUAAUAGACAAGAUGGAUGAACUGGCAUGUUUUGCUCCAGGAAUGUUAGCAUUGGGGUCUAGUGGUUAUGCUCCUGAUGAAGCUGAGAGAUUCUUAUCUCUGGCUGAGGAGUUAGCUUGGACCUGCUAUAACUUCUACCAGUCUACUCCAACAAAAUUGGCUGGAGAGAACUACUUUUUUAAUUCAGGACAGGAUAUGAGUGUUGGAACGUCGUGGAACAUAUUAAGGCCAGAGACAGUUGAGUCACUGUUUUACCUCUGGCGCUUGACUGGCAAUAAGACAUAUCAAGAGUGGGGAUGGAAUAUAUUUCAAGCAUUCGAGAAGAACUCACGCAUAGAGACAGGAUAUGUUGGAUUAAAGGAUGUUAGUACUGGCAUAAAAGACAACAUGAUGCAGAGCUUUUUUCUGGCAGAGACGCUGAAGUAUCUGUAUCUUCUAUUUUCACCUUCUUCUGUCAUUUCACUCGAUGAAUGGGUUUUCAACACCGAAGCGCACCCUAUAAAAAUCAUUCCUAGGUAUGACCAGGUGGAAAAUUCUGGUUUCUUUGAUGGAAAACAUACUGAAACUCGGUCACGUGCCAGGAAAGAAGGCAGGUUUCAUGACAACUAGGAAACUUAGAUGUAUUUUACUGCAUAUCUUGCUUAAUGAGGCGGUAGCAACUAGAAGAUUGAAGAGCUCUGAAGAAAUUUAUUGAGCCUACAAAUCAGAUCUCGGAGGUGAAUAAUAUAGUAGGAUUACACACAAUUAUCGGGGGAUUGCUUUGCCUGAUAAUAUGCGUCAGAUACAGCUCCCACAUGAUUCUACAUCUUUUGAUUUGUAAAAUAGAUAAUAGAUGUUCUUGAUUUCCUAUACCAUUUUGUAAGUUAGAGCAAAUUUGAUUUUCCAAGAGUUAGUAGUCUUGGAUUCUUGGCACUGGAGUUGUACUCUUCGGGAUGUACUCUGCUGCAGAUGCAAAUGCUUCUUUAUCAUUGCUCAGACUGAAUUGUAUGCAAUCCCCUAUAGCCCCAAGUUGAAUUUA